AUGCAUGUUCAUUUGCCUAACAAGGACAAUAUAAAGGAGGGUGUAGCUGUUCUGAUAGACGGAUAUCAAGUGGGUAUAACCGUUGUCUCACUAGCUGCAGGUUUAUCAAGUUCAAAACAAUAUCCGCAUCUCAAUCCAGUGUCAGCCUACUUUUACACAAACGUAUAUCGUUGGGCUCUUCGGCAUUUGAGUUUAGUUCCUCUUUGGAUAGGAGGAACUGGGAGCUACUGUGAUACACAUAAAGUGUGGCGACGCCGUUUCUUUUACAUGGACGAAUUUAUGCCCAAAUGGUUGAAAUAUAUAUUACCCUACGUUAAAGAUGAAGAAUGGUUAAAGGAAGAGAAAGAAUUUAGAAAAUUCAAAAAAUAUGCCGAAUCAGCUUUCGGCAAACACUACCGUUAUCCUUCAAGAAAUUUUAACAAUUUUAAGUCUCAAGAGACUCAAGAAACUGUAGAAGUAAUAGAUUCUUCAGCAUCGUAG